AUGCGCACUUUAGUAAGCAUAGUCCUAGUUGUACUAGGCUUAUUCACCCCAUCCACUCAGGCAGCCAAAACAGGCAUCCGCCUCAACACACUACAAGUACUACUUCCCUGGACAUCCGAAACAUCGCACAGAUGCACGUUUCUCUUGCAUGCUGUGGGAGGGUGCUACGAAUGGCACAAUGACAACCCCAACAGCAUAUCCAUCACGCCUGUGACUGUGCCCGAUGGGUGUUCAGGGCAUGCUUGGGUUACAACUGUUGAAUCUGAGCUCAGAUCGAGUAUGUCAACAGUUACCGUUACUGACAUGAAUUCAGGACUAUACAAUACGGUCAAAGUACGUGUAGAGGAAAUCGCUGAGAUUGAAGUAGCGACGACAUACAGACGGCUUAAUUGGCACGAGCAGGAGAUAGUGGCUAUCAAUGCGUAUGACAGGAAUGGCAACUCAAUGAACAAUGUCACGGGUGUUCAAAUAGAAUGGGUUAUAUCCCAGAGCGAGGUACCCCCGUUGAGCUUCAUCCCCUUUGCGGAAUCGAACAGUGUCGAUAUUGAGCAGGUAAGCCGAAUACAGCACUAUCUGUUUUGUGCUGUACCAGUCAGAAAUGGUUGA